AUGCCGCGUCUCCCCAAUGAACUGAUCAUCCAUGUCAUUCGGUGUCUCAUUCCGCCCAGUCCACCGGUUGCCUUCCCGUCGGGGCACAUCGUGACGCGCACACUGGUCAGCCUCAUCCUCGCAUCCAGGCUUACACGCGCGGUUGCAAUCCGGCUUCUCUUUAGACACUGCCUAUAUUUGGAUUCGGGAAAACGUCUGCAUGAGUUGAUUCAAACUGACAAGAACUGGGUGCGAGAUGACAAUACCGGUGGACAUGGAGCGCUGCGCCAAUCCCAAUCGCUAUUUCUGCGUCCGUUCCCCGCGGACACCCUCGAGGAGCCGCAAAUCGUGAAGGAGGUGGAUCAAGUGUCGCUCGCUCUCGCCAACACCCUGCGACGACUGGUCAUUGACAUGCCGCUGCGACUUUUGUAUCCGGAAGAGGACCAUUCCGGACUACGGAGGAUCUUGCGACACGCCUUUGGCCGCUUAACGGCGCUGGAGGAAUUUUGCUCGGUCCGGGACGAGCUCUUCUGCGAUACCCUAGAGACAUGGUCGGAGCCCGACGCGGCGUCAGAGCCCGAGGUGUGGUCAGGUUGGCCUCGACUCCGAUGCCUCGCUCUCUACAAUCCCUGCAUUAACGACGCGUUUGUGCGGGCGCUGCAGCGUUGCCCAAGUCUCACCCACCUUGCGCUUACUCGAUCGGACGGCUUAACGGAGCCUCUCUCACUAUCAUCGUCCCGGGGGUUAGCCUUACCGUCCCUGCAGCGCGUAAUUGUCAUCAACACUUGCCAAGGACAUCGAGUGGAGUGGGAACGCCGCGAGCCGGGGUGGGAAACAAGCAUCUGGGCGCGCUUGCUGCCUUCCCAUACAUCUCCUUCAGCUCCGAGUUCUCAAAAUCCGCCCCAGUUAGUGUAUGCUUUCGUGUCCGUACCCCGGAACCGGGGGGAUGAGGAUAUCGAACUAUGCCAGGAAUGGGUUUGCGAGCAUGCUGUGAAUGGCACACUGUGGGAUAUUCCAGGAACCCCGUGGCAAGUGGAGGACCCAUGA